AUGCCAAACAACCUUGAAUCUCUAUUAGCCCUAAUACUUAUAGCUGCAUUAGCCUUGCUCUCAAGGAGACUUCCCAAACGUCCCUCGCAACGAAAGCUUCCACCGGGGCCGAGGCCAUGGCCGAUAAUAGGCAACAUGAACCUCCUAGGUUCUUCACCACACAGAUCUCUUCACUCUCUCUCCCAAAAAUAUGGUGAUUUAAUGCUCAUAAAGCUGGGAACAUCUAUAGUUUUAGUAGCAUCCUCAGCUGAGAUGGCUGAGCAGUUUUUGAAGGUACAUGAUGCAAACUUUGCCACAAGGCCCGCGCUUGCUGCAGGUAAAUACACGGCCUACAAUUACUCGGACAUGACAUGGGCACCCUACGGCCCAUACUGGAGACAAGCACGUAAAAUCUUCUCGGAAGUGUUAAAUACAAAGAGCCUCGAAUUCUUUAAGCCAAUUCGAGUUGAGGAAGGGCGUAGCUUCCUCUCCCGUCUACAUGCCCUCUCAGGCAAGCCAGUUGUACUGAGAGAGCAUUUGUCACACUAUACACUGUCCAACAUUAGUAGAAUGGUGUUGAGCAACAAGUGUUUUAGUGAAGAAGAAGAAGAAGAUGGCCGUCAUAACUCCAUAUUCAAGCUCGGUGAAUUGCAAGCUAUGUUGGAUGAGGGGUUUUUGCUCAAUGGAGUGAUCAAUAUUGGAGAUUGGAUACCUUGGCUUAGUUUCCUCGAUUUGCAAGGAUAUGUUAAGAGGAUGAAGGAAUUGUACAAGAAACUUGAUAUGUUUAAUGAGUUUGUGAUUAAUGAUCAUGAAGCCAGAAGAGCAGCAGAAAAUGACUUCUUCACCUUUAAAGAUGCAGUAGAUAUGUUAUUGGAGAUGGCCAAGAACCCUAAUCUUGAGGUUAAAAUGACAAGAGAUUGUAUCAAAGGAUUAUUACAGGACUUGCUAUCUGGUGGUACGGACACGUCUGCUGCAUCAAUCGAAUGGGCUAUACACGAAGUACUUAGGCACCCUCAAGUAGCUGAAAAGGUAAAAAAAGAGCUGGACAUGGUAAUUGGAAGGAACAGAUGGGUAGAAGAGAGUGAUUACUUGCAAUUGCCAUACAUAAAUGCCAUAAUCAUGGAGACAUGGAGAUUGCACCCGCUAUCUCCGUUGCUACCGCCCCAUUGUGCGAUUGAGGACUGCAAAGUUGCAGGAUACGACAUACCAAAGGGGACACCUGUGAUCAUCAACACAUGGAGCAUAGGGCGGAAUCCCAACUUAUGGGAUAAACCUGAAGAAUUCUUGCCAGAGAGGUUUCUCGGGAAAGAUAUUGAUAUGACGGGUAGUGAUUUCUCCCUCUUGCCAUUCAGCUCCGGGAGAAGGAGGUGCCCGGGAUACAAGCUUGGCCUUAAACUUGUUCAAACAACACUGGCUAAUUUGUUGCAUGGUUUCGAUAUGAGGUUGGUUGAGGGUAUGGGGCCUCAAGAUAUAUGUUUGGAAGAACUAUACGGGCUCACCGUACAUCCUAAAGAGUCUCUUGAGAUCAUCAUGGAACCUAAACUCGCACCCCACCUUUACUAA